CAAUCAGUUACGAUUCGUGUCAAACAUGUUUCAUCACCUCACCACCGAGCGAGCCUUUUAACUCUUUCUCUCUUUUUUUUCCCCUUGAAAACCGUUUCAUGACAACACACCGAUUCCCUCUCUUUCUCUCUCUAAAUCUUCUUCUUCUUUUUUUCCCCUCUCUCUCUCUAAAACCAUUACCGUCAAGCACAUUAUCUGUACCUACACAAAUUUGCAAUCUUCUCUUCGAUUCUAUGCCAAUUUUGAUUACUGCUUCUCUGCUUGCUUCACCACCAGCUGGUUGUAUAAUUCCCAAACAAGGCAACCCUCUAUCAAGUAACAAUUCCAUAUCACAAUUGUUAUGUUAUUUGAGAAACUCCAUCGGAUUUGCAGGUGCUUGUUUCUGCCACUAAGAACAAGUGCUCUGCUUCCUUAUGGCAUGAGCCUUUGGAUUGCUCUAAGUGCCUCUGGCAAUUGAGGGUCCUACCCAGUGUUGCUGUCACUGAUCAAACGUUGAUAUGCCCAUUGAAAUAUUACCUGUAGUAGCAAGUGCGAGCAGUUUCAAGGGAGGAUCAUCCAACAUGGAUCCUAACUGUGCUCUUGAAGAAUUAUCGGUAUCUCUAAGAUCAUGUGAGCCUUUUUCUGUUACUGAUAACGAGCCUUGUAAGAGCUUGGUUGCACCAUGUAUCUCGGGUACUGAGGUUCUUGUUGGUGCUCUUAAGUCUUUCAGCAUAGUUGAGUCUUCUGAACAUAGAGAUGACAAAGGAAAGGAUAAGGUUAAAUUUGACGAUGCUUUUGAAAUAAAAUGUCCUGACACUAUAUGUUCAUCUCCUCCAAGGAGAAGUUCACAGAGGACUAAAUUGAACAAGAAGACUCAAACAAGAAAAGGUGGAAGAAAAUGUGGCAGGACAGUUAUGAGAAAACCCUUGCUAGAUUCAGUUCCAUUCGGGGUGGCUAGAAAAAGAAGAAAUUUUUGCAAACCAGCUCGUUCUUCUGUUUGGGGAUCAUUGAGCUAUAUAUCACAAUUUUUUGAGCAGAAUACUGGUGUUGAUGUCAAUCAAAACGAACAUACAAAAUCACGAAACGCUAGGGGUGUUCAAGGAAUUGGGAAGCAUAGUAAGAAUCAGGUGGGUGCUAGUUCACAGAGGUCAAAGAGAAAAAAAAUUGCUACAUCUGGUCGCAUUCGGUUGAAGGUUACACUACGGAAAGAAGUGGGUCAAAGUUUCCUACCAAACAUGGUUUCUAUUACUGGCAAUGGUCUUGGAAACGACUGGGGAACUAAUUCAGAUGUCCCUAAAUUAACUGAUGGUAGUGAAAAUAAGUUGAAGGAAGAGGGUCCUAGGAUUAAUGGUUUUCAAUGUUGCAAUGGGGAUUUGGAGAAGGCAGUAUCAAACACUUCCAAUGUGUGCCUUGCAAACAAGGACUUGGAGAGGCCUGUGAUCUACGAAAACUCAGACGGAAUCACUGCAGAUAAUCAUCAAAGACUUCCUUCCGAGAUAGAGGUUGAAGGAUUGGGAGUUGCAUUUGAUAACAGGUACGUAGAUUCAGGAACUUCACCUGAUUCUGAAGUCAUCAACCUGAUUAUGGAAACCCAAGUUAAUGGAAACGUUCAAGAAGAUUUGAAAGAUGCCCUGAUAUCCUCCCAAGCUUGUUGUGUUGCUCCUGAAGAUUUUACAAGUUUGGAUCUGUCACAAAUGAGAAAUAAGAAAGGAAAGAAAAAGGAUAAGCUUUUUCAUGCAGGUAAUUUCAGUGUUGGUGAUAGGUUACCUAGUCAGGAAAUCCUAAACAAAGCAAGUGUAUUGGAGAAAUGGGGACAAGGAGAGAAAAUGGGAGAUGGCUCUUACUCUAGUGAGGCUUCUAUUUCAACUGCCACAGCAAAUGUGUCUGGCAACACAUCAAGUAGUGAGGGAGUUUCGAGAGAACCAUUGCCUUCAUCAAGAAUUACUGACUUCGGAGUCUCAUGUGAGAAUUUGAAAGCUGAAAGUGGAACAGAAGAAGAUAUAUGCUUCAGGCUUGGUGUAGGGCUCGAGUCACCAGAAUCACAUAUUUCUGAGAACUUACUUCCUAAUAGUAAAGCUAAGGGGUGGAAGCAUUUCAAAAGUUCAAAACCGAGAGGAAUGAGCAAAAGUGGGUCAGAAGUCUCUGAUUCACCAAGGAGCCAAAGUGGAAAUGCUUGUGGACAGAAGGGAAACCCAGUGAAGUCAGUUAGUAGGAAGAAAGUGAAAGACAAGGGUGCUUCCAAUGAGGUUGUUUCCAAAGUUGAGAAUCACCAAGAAACAGGAGAUCACUCAUUGGAUAAUCCUGGAAAACCUAAGACUCGUGAUGAAAAUAUAACCAAGGACAUAUUCAACUUGAGCAUGGUGCCUAGAGAUGCAGGCAAGCAAGGUCUAAUGCCAAGGAGUGCUUGGGUGUGUUGUGAUGAUUGCUUGAAGUGGAGGCGUAUACUAGCUAAUCUUGCAGAUUCCAUUGAAGAAACAAACUGCCGAUGGACCUGCAUGGACAACAUAGAUAAAGGCUUUGCUGACUGCUCGAUACCUCAGGAGAAGUCAAAUGCAGAAAUUAAUGCAGAGUUGGAAAUAUCAGAUGAGGAAGAUGCUUAUGAUGCCUUAUAUUCCAAGAGACUGGAACCAAAACAUUCAACAGCUCAAGAACAGUCCUCUUGGAUGCUCAUCAAGUCGAAUUUGUUUCUGCAUCGUAGCCGUAAAAGUCAAACCAUUGAUGAGAUAAUGGUUUGCCACUGCAAACCACGUCCAGAUGGCAGGAUGAUGGGUUGUGGUGAUGGAUGCUUGAAUCGAAUGCUUAAUAUUGAAUGUGUUAAAGGGACUUGCCCAUGUGGGCAACGUUGUUCAAAUCAACAGUUUCAGAAACACAAGUAUGCCAAAUUGAGGUGGUUCCGAUGUGGAAUGAAGGGUUAUGGGCUCCAGUUACUUGAAGAUAUCUCCGAAGGACAGUUUCUUAUUGAAUAUGUUGGGGAGGUGCUGGAUAUGCAAGCAUAUGAGGCACGACAAAGAGAGUAUGCUGCAAAGGGUCAUAAGCAUUUUUACUUCAUGACAUUGAAUGGCAGUGAGGUAAUAGAUGCAUGCGCUAAAGGGAAUUUGGGCCGUUUCAUAAACCAUAGUUGUGAUCCUAAUUGCCGUACAGAAAAGUGGAUGGUGAAUGGAGAAGUUUGCAUUGGACUCUUUGCAUUAAAAGAUAUUAAAAAGGGUGAAGAAGUGACAUUUGAUUAUAAUUUUGUACGGGUGUUUGGAGCUGCUGCAAAAAAAUGCGUCUGUGGUUCAUCUCAGUGUCGGGGUUAUAUAGGUGGUGAUCCACUAAAUACUGAAGUAGUUGUUCAGUGUGAUCCAGAUGAAGAAUAUCCUGAACCUGUAAUGGUUUAUAGAAAUGGUAAACCUGACUAUAAAUUGAAAAAAUUAUUAUCUUCAACCAGUUCCUCUGAGAGUACAGAAGUGCAAAUUACAGACCAUACAAUAGGAAACAAAGAUAAGAUGGACAAGUCUGCAACUGCUGUUGGGCACUUGGAGAUUACCACAGAACUACAAACUGCAGAGAUACUGGUAAAAGAUGAAACUGAUAAAUCUGCAACUGCUGUUCAGCACUUGGAGAUUCCUACAAGAAAGUCCUUGAACAAAUCUGCAUCUGGUGAAUGCUUGCAAAUUUCUUUGGCAAUGGAUAACUCAGUGGAAAAGCUACCACCUUCUGUUCAACAAGUUGUAACUUCUUCACAACUAGAUGACAUGAUGGGAAAAACCAUUUCUAAUGCUAAGCAAGAGUUUGUUCAAAGAUUAGAGACUUCUGCACUGAUUGUCAUUAGCAACAAAUCAUUAUCUAAUACAAUUGAUGCUAAGAAGAAGUGCAACUCUGACAUAAUUGAAGACCGGUGUGCUUCAAAGUCAUAUCCUCUCAUGAAAACUUCCCGCUUGUCUUCUUCGGUUAAGAAGGGAAAGUUGAACAGUAAUUCUGUGAAUGUUCAUAAACCCGAUAUGAUGGUUAACAAAUCUCCUGUGCUACCCUAUAAACCCAAAAGGAUAAUGGAAGGUUCUCUAAAUGGUCGUCUUGAAUAUGUUGAGGAGACACUAAAUGGGUUGCUAGAUGCUGAUGGGGGAAUAAGCAAAAGAAAAGAUGCCUCCAAAGGCUACUUGAUGCUUCUUCUUCAAACUGCAACUUCUGGUGAUAGUGGCAAUGGUGAAGCAAUUCAAAGCAAUCGAGAUCUUUCUAUGAUCCUUGAUGGACUCUUGAAAACAAAAUCACGAAUGGUUUUGGUUGAUAUAAUCAACACGAAUGGUUUGCAGAUGCUACACAACAUAAUGAAGCAGUACCGAAGGGACUUCAAUAAGAUUCCAAUUCUUCGAAAGCUUCUUAAGGUUUUAGAGUACCUGGCUGUGAGGGAGAUACUUACAUUGGAACACAUUACUGGAGGCCCCCGUUAUCCGGGGGUGGAGAGCUUUAGGGAAUCAAUUUUGAUAUUGACAGAACAUGAUGACAAACAGGUCCAUCAAAUUGCAAGAAACUUCCGAGAUAGGUGGAUUCCUAGGUCUGCCAGACAUAUCAGCUGCCUGGACAGGAGUAAUGGCAAGGUGGAAUUUCACUGGGGUUCAAACUGUAAUAGACACUCAGCAUCACAGCGUGAUCAAGGUGUAAAAACUAUAGAAGCAAUAAAUUGCAUCAACCAAUCAAUUGUUGCAACAAAUUCAGUUAAUACCAGUACCCUGGAAAGCUGCUCUGCACCUCCUGGCAGUGAUCUCCAAACCAGUGGGACAAAAACUCGCAAGCGAAAGAGUCGAUGGGAUCAGCCAGCAGAGACAAAGACAUAUGUAAGAUCUCCUCAGAAGAAGGAACCAAAGAUUGAGCCUAGUUUGUUACAACAAUCGCAUUCAGGUCCACCACUUGAGAUUGGUAAAGUUGCAUGUGAUGGACCUCAGCAGAUGGAAAAUAGGGGAGAUGAUGAGGAACAGAACAUUGAUGAGGAUGUUGAUGUUCCUCCUGGAUUUUCACCACUUGCUGAUGUGCCUCCCGGAUUUUCACCUCUUCUUGAUGUUCCUCCUGGAUUUUCACCUCUUCUUGAUGUUCCUCCUGGAUUUUCACCUCAUAAUGCACCUUCAGUUCCAUCGAAUGCUUUAACUGUUACUGAUAUCCUCCGAGAAAAUGGUACUCCUGCAAAGUGUCCUUUUGAAGCAGUUGCGGGACAUCCGCACGGAAAGUUCGGUAAUCGUUUGCCCGUCUCUUAUGGGAUUGCAUUGCCUCUUGUGCAACAAUUUGGGACACCUCAAUCAGAAAAAACCCUAGAGAGUUGGGUUAUUGCUCCGGGCAUGGCUUUCCGUCCUUUCCCACCUUUACCCCCACGUCCCCAAGCCAAGAGAGAAGCUUGUGCUGGUGACACAGUGACAAAGAAUAAACCUACCAUUUGUCACUCUAAUCAAAACCAUCCGAGCACUUCUGGUGCGAGCCGACCUUAUGUGGAGUUUCAAGGUGGAAAUAUUCAACAUUCUGUUCAACCAGUAAGGAGUUCCUAUGGUUUGGAAAGGAGGUACCCGAGGCAGCAGGAGUGGAAUAAUUCGAAUUUAGAACAGCCCUGGAUGUGGAAUAGAAAUGGUGGGGGAUUCAUGGGAAAUGAUUUAAGAAAUGGGAUGUGCAGCAUAGGUGUAGCAACCGUGGCGAAUGGGUUUGAAGGUCCAAAAUUUUUACAAGAUUUAAGGACUGGAGUGCAAAAUACUUACAAUACUUUUCACCUUUAUCCGCAACAGCAAAAUUAGGAUCGGUUUAUAGGAAAAACUCUUGAGGAGCUUCUAAAUUUUCUCCUGUGCUCCCCUCUGAUAUGCCUCCGAUUCUUUGUUGGCUUUUACAAACAGUUGAAUUCUAGUUUCCAACCCCCCCAACUUCCCUUCCUUUUAUGUUACAAGUCCCCAGUAUUUAUAGCUGCAAUGAGGUCAUUUGGAUUUGGAAACUUCCACCUCAAAGAAGGAAAAGUGUUUUUUUCAUUAUGUUUCAUUAUUUGAAUAAAAAAUGAAAUUGACAAAUAAAGCAUUGAUCUGCGGUGGCCUCCAUGGAUUUGGUGUGUUUUGAUUUUACUAUAUUAUGCAGGAUUGUUUUUGAAGAUACUCAACCUCAUUGGGAGUGCAUUUCCGAUCUUAUUAAGGUUAAAGUGGCAAUAUGGGUCAAGGCCAAGUCCAAUUUGAGGAUUACUCCAUGAAUGAUGUGGUUAUCAUUUACAGAAGAUUAGAGAUUGUUUUUAGUUGUCUUGAGUCAAUAUGGAGUGCAAAUUUUAUUCUGUUGCUUUCUUUCUGGUUCGGUAAUUGUUUGGGUUGCUGAUUGGUAUAUUCCGGGGUUUCAUUUACUGGUUCAAAGUUGCUGCAUAAUUUUGUUUGGGCUGAGUUUCUUCCUAUCCCGUCGUGAGAUAUUGUUCUCUUGAAUUGUAGUUUGCUCCUUUUGGCUUAUUUAUUUAUUUUUAAUGUUUUCUGC